AUGGAAGCAGCGCCUACCAUUCAAGCUCAUAAAAUCACAUUGGAACAGAAAGAAGCUGUUCUACACAGCAGGGGGUCCAUCAUUGCGGGACACCCCGCAGAGCUUCUCGUCUGCUUGACAAAGACUCCUUUGGCGACUCACAACGCCAUUGUCUUCGGGACGGCAACUGCUGCUGGAAGAGUCGAGAGUGAAUCGGUCAUUCCAAACGUGGCAGACGUCAUGCUUUGGGGCGUUGUUUCCCCGAAAACUGGUCACUGGACCCGCAUGACCGAGUCGGAGUCAUCAGGGCGGAAUCAUCGCUCCAUAUGUACCUUUAUGGUGCAAGAAUACGAAACGAACAAUGAAGAAACGGUAGAGUCGAACGACACAUUGCUAUUUCAUGACCUUGAUAUGUCGUCGCAAGAUUAUCAGCUCAUGGCCGUGGACUUGGACAAGAAUCGUGACGCCCUUAUCGGGGCUUGGAAAGAGGUUGUCAGCAACGGCAGCACAAAUUGGGCCCUCUUUGGAUACGAGGGUCAGACCAAUACCCUGAAGUUCGUCUCUAAAGGAGAUGGUGGCCUGGAAGAAAUGGCUGAGGACUUCAGUAGUGGAAAGAUUAUGUAUGCCUUCUGUCGUGUCUUGGAUCCAAAAACCAGUCUUCCAAAAUAUGUUCUCAUCAAUUGGCAAGGAGAAGGCGCUCCUCAGUUCCGUAAAGGUGUAUGUGCCAAUCAUUUUUCCUCUAUUGCAAGAUUCUUCAAAGGUAGCCAUGUGUCAAUCAAUGCUCGAACUGAAGAUGAUGUGGAGGCCUCAGUUAUAAUGGAAAAAGUCAUGAAGUCCACUGGUUCUGUCUAUAAAUUUACUGAGAAGACCUCACUGGAUGAAUCUGAUUCUGCCCCUGUGGGAACAAGUUACAAGCGUGUCAUUCCUGCACGGGAGAUCAGUAUUUCAGAACGAGACAAGUUUUGGCAGAAGGAAGAGGAAGAAGAAAAACAGAGGCAAGCUGAAGAAAGAAAAAGGCAUACAGAGGAACAAAUGAAGCUGGAAGAGGAGAGGUCCAAACGGGAGUUGGCAGAGGCUAAAGCAAGGGAAGAGAAAGUGAAGGAGAGAACAAAAUUAAUUCGGCAACAACGUGAAGCUGAGAAGGAAAAGGAGAAAGACACAGAAACAAAAGUGCAAUGGGAAAAGCAAAAGGAGAUAGAUGAACAGGAAGAAGAUGGAAGGAGGAAACAAGCUGACCUUCUACGAAGGCAAAGGGCUCAAGAGACUAGGAACAUCAUAUCGCAGCGAACAGUGGAUGCCCGUGCUGUGUUUGAAAAGAAUACUUCUACAGGACAAUUGCACUCCAGUCGCCAGAACUCUGUCACUUCUGCUUCUCCAUCUUAUGUCAGUAAAGUCAGUCAGCAAUUUGACUACCCUUCCCCUCGAAGUCCAAGCAAUGCUGUCACAUCACCAACAUAUAUAGAUUCAUCAGUUCAUACCACUGCUUCUCCUGCUGUAUCAAUGAAGAAUGAAGAGUCUUACUCUGAAGUACAUGCUGAUCCAGUGCUUGUAACCAAUGAUGCUGAAUGGACAAAUCAAGAAGUGCCUGAUGAUGCAUACUCAAAUGCCCAGCACUUUGUGCAUGAUCCAGGUGUAGUUGAUGAGAACAGAGAAGAACACACUAAUGGGACAGAAGCAGUCAAUGGAACUGGAUAUACUACUGAGCAAUAUGAGGGCCCUACAAGUUUCCUGCAGCAAUAUCAAAGAACAAUGGGACAGGGACUCCGAGCACGGGCUCUGUUUGAUUAUCAAGCAGCGGAUGAGACGGAGCUUUCAUUCGAUCCUGACGACAUCAUCUGUCAGAUUGAUCAGAUACAUGAGGGCUGGUGGCAAGGUCUUGGACCUGAUGGAUCAUAUGGCCUCUUCCCUGCCAAUUAUGUCGAGCUUCUUCAGGAUUGAUCUCAUUCACAGGAAGAUGUUUUUUGUUUUCUCUCCUUGUUUUGUAUGAAUCAAGGAAACUCAUGGCCUUUUUCAAUCACAUCAAGUUGAAAUGUAGCUGAUGAGGUUUUUCUUACUCAUCUUACACUUGCAUCACAUUAUCUCACUGUUCCAAAACAUUCUUUCAGUCUCAUUAAACCUUCAAGCAUAGAGUGUAUUUUGAUCCACCAUUUGAGAAUCUUAUAUGUUUGGACUGGCAUCUGGAUUUACAGCAUAAAGUCAAUUGGAACAAUAUUGUAUGGUAUGCCAUUACAGAGAUGCCUUCCACACAGGCAUGGACCAAAGCCUAGUUUGUAACUCUUCUUUCUCAAUCCUCUUAUUACAGGGUAGAAUGGAGCAAGUUCAGCAAUUUAUGCUUUUGUCUCAUGAAGGAAGAUUUUACCAAUUAUUAGUUAACUAAUUGUGGAUGUUCAAGACCAAGCAUUCAAGAGUUAUCUGAGUUGAGCUCAAAUGAAAAAGAGUAUAAAAGCAUUUGUCUUUGAACUUGGUCUGGUCUACCCUGUUUGAGUUGUUGGAAUCUUGAGGGGUUAUAUAUUCAUGUUUUCUUGGCUACUUACAGGUGAGCACCAUGAUUAGAAUUUUUAGACCAUUUUGUUGCAUAUGUUGGGAUUAUAGCAUAUGCAAUGGAUUUUUGCCUUUUAGUGCAGACAUAUCCAAAUUUUUAUUUUGCAGAUUAAUAUCUGCAGAACCAAUCAGGUCUUUUCUUCUUCCUCCUGCUCAUAUUCACUUUCAAACAUGAGCCAAGCAUUGGAAGCAUCUUCAAAUCACUCUCUGGAGGACAUCUAUUCAGCCUUUUCCCUUGAAAGGAAGGACGAAUUCCAAACAGUACCAUCUGUGUGUUCAUACUCACCAGCAAUUGUUUGGCCCUUUCUGCAGUAACUGUAAUAUGAGGUCAGAGGUCUGCUUAAGUUUGCAGCAGUGCUACAUUGUUGAGGCAUUAGCAUAACUUUUUUAUUUGAUCAGUUUAAAUUAGCUCAAUCUCUUUGUUAAUGUUACGCCAUUGCUGCAAUGAAAAAUAUGUGUACCCAUAGUGCAGUACUCCUAGGAUGAGCUCAUUCCUGAUGUUGGGAACAUGAGCAGAAAUACUAAGUCAAGUGUAAUCUCUAAAUUUUUUUAUUAAUCACAUUUUUUUAUUGCAAAAGUUUCUUCAUGAGUGGCUUUGUUUUCCAUGUCAGUGUGGAUUUCAUCAUUGAUUUACAUAGUUCUUAACCUGCUUCGAUGCUAUUUCUGCUCAUAUGCUAGUCAAAUUGAGCAGACGUGGGCAUUGCCCUAAUGAGAGAAUUUGACACUGUUACUAAAGAUGAUGAAAUUCAGUGAAAGGAAACUUAACCUGAAAAGGCUUUGCUUUGAAAAUGAUAAAAUUCAAAUCAUUUUCUCAUCCAUUCAAUAAACAUCGUUCAAGAAGGUUGG